CGCAAACAAUAUGAAACUCUUAGAAGAACGCCUUAAACGUUACAAAGAUGAAGCAGGUCUAAUUAGUAGUACAUCAAAAUUAAUAGAUAGAGUUUCAUAUUUAAGAGAAAACAGAGAAAUGAUGCGUCAAAGGCCAUCAUUAAUAUUGAAGAUUCAAUGA